UUAUUUUAGUCUUUCUUUCUAUCUGUAGGCUUUUGGAGUUUCGUAGCCGUUCGGCGUGCAUUGGUAGAGCGCCGGUAAAGUUUUUCGGUUAAAAAAUAAAAAUGAGUGUUUCACCUGAAAUAAAGGCCGAGGCCUUUUCAUUAGUCCAUCAAUUCCUUGUAACUAUCGAUAAAUCGCUUGCUGACAAAUUUGCAACCAAGACUAAAGCGAAACCACGACCUAAGAACCUACCUUCCCUUACAGAUAUUAUUUUAUCACUCAAAAAGGGACAGAGUAAACCAACACAAAAGAAACAAGCAGACAGUUCUGAUGAUUCCAGUGAAGACGAGAAACCUAAAAAGCCUACAUCUUUAAAUAAUUCAAACGGUCCUGUCCAAACAAAGAAGCAGGAGUCUUCAGAUAGUUCUGAAGACGAAAAACCACCUGCAAAGGUUAAUUCAAUAGCAAAUCAAAAACAAGUUAAAAAGAAAGACGAGUCAUCAGAUAGUGAAAGUAGUGAAGAUAAUGCUACUUCAAAACCCAAGCCUGUCAAACCACAAGGUGUUAAUGCUGCCAAAACUGUCAAGAAAAAUGACUCUUCAGACAGUUCAGAUAGUAGUGAGGAGGAAAAGUCAAAAGCACCAAAGACAGUUACAAAACCGGCUGCACCUGCAACAAAAGCCACACCUCAAAAACCUGUAACUAAAAAGCCAGAAACCAGUGACAGUGAUGAUAGUAGUGAUGAUGAUAAAACUAAAAAAACAGUUCAAAAACCUGUAGUGGCAGCAAAGACUCCUAAUAAAGCUACCCCUGUUAAGAAGCAACAAUCAUCCUCUGAUGACAGUGAUAGCAGUGAUGAUGAAAAAACUAAGGUAAAUUCCACUAAACCUACCCCAGUCAAAGUCAACCAAACUAAACCUCCAGUAACUAAACCUAUACAGCAGGCCAAAAGACAAGACUUGUCUUCUGAUAGUGACAACAGUAGUGACGAUGAACCAAAGAAAGUCACAAAACCAGCUGCCAAACAACCAGUUGCACCUGCUAAAGCCAAACCUAAAGGCAAGGCUGAAUCUUCAGAUGAUAGUGAUGAUUCAGAAGAUGAAAAGCCAAAAGCUGUUCAAAAACCAGCUACAAAAGCUGCAGUUACACCUGCAAAGGUUGCUGUUAAGGUUCCUAUUGUUAAAAAGCAAGAAUCAUCAUCCGAUGAAGACAGUAGUGAUGAUGACAAGCCUAAGUCAGUAGGUAUCCAUAAACCUCCAACACCUGCUGCUAAACCCUUGAAUAAUAUUAACAAGAAACCUGAAUCAUCAUCAUCAGAUGACAGUGAUGAUAGCAAGAGUGCCAAAAAAACAGCACCAUCUAAAGUCACCAAACCUGCUGUAAAAGCAAUACCCACAUCUAAAAAGGAAUCAUCUUCUGAUGAAGACAGUGAUGAUGAACCAUCAAAGAAAACAAAAAAUACACCUAAAUCUCAACCAGCAGCUAAAGCUGCUAUAAAGAAAAAGGCAACAUCAGAAGAUAGCGAUGAUAGCAGUGAAGACGAAAAACCUAAAGUAACUGCAAAACCUACAAAACCCGUAGCCAACAAUACUAAAAAUACAAAGAAAUCCUCAUCUGAAGAUAGUGAAGAUAGCAGUGAUGAUGAAGCUAAACCUGUUAAUAAGACCCCAUCAAAAACCACUAAGUCUCAACCAACAACUCCUAAGGGUAAAGCUAAAGAGUCAUCAGAUGACAGCAGUGAUGAUGAACCUAAACAAAAAGUCAAGAAACCUGCCGCUGAGGAUGACAGUGAUGACAGUGAUGAUGAACCUCCAGCUAAAGUACAAAAAAAGGAAUCAAAACAGCAAAACGAAACUGGUAAGAAAAGAAAAUUCUCUGGAGGUGAGGACCCAACUCCAGCCAAAAAGCCAUACAGCAAUUUUGUAAAGGAGGGUGAAAACGGAGAAAAUGAAGAGGGUGACGAUGAAAACAAUCAAUCCGGCGGUUGGCAAGAUCGUGGGCGCGGAGGUUUCAACCGUGGAGGUUUCCGCGGUCGCGGGGGCUUUAAUGAUCGGGGCGGGCGGGGAGGAUUUAGGGGUCGCGGUGGAUUCAAUGAUAGAGGGGGCCGGGGUGGAAGAGGAGGCAGAGGAGGCUUCGAUAGAGGAGGUCGGGGUGGAUUUGACAGAGGAGGGCGGGGCGGAUUUGACAGAGGUGGUCGUGGUGGUGAUAGGGGCGGAAGGGGCAAUAGAGGUGGACGAGGAGAUCGCCACUCGUGGGGCGGCGAUAGGGGAGGAUUCCAAAAGGGAGGGUUUAACGAUAGAAAAAGUUUUGAUGGAGGAGAUAAUAACUCCCAAAAUAAAAAAAUAGUAUUUGAUUAAAUAGAAAGGAGCUCGAGGAUCGUGGGGUGAGCGAGCCAAUGAAGAUUUGAAACGCACGCGCGGCAAAUCUUUCAAACAUGAGAAAACUAAGAAAAAGCGAGGCGCAUACCGUGGCGGUGCCAUCGACACGAGCGUCCAUUCCAUCAAAUUUGAAGAUUGAUGUUAACUGACUCUAGUUUUUUUUUUCUAUUAUUUAAAAAUAUUCCAUAUGACCAAACAAUUGAAACUUAAAAUACUUAUCCCAUGUGAUCAAAGAUGAAAUAACGAUAGUCAAUUCGUUAAAAUGAUAACGGUCAUGUUUAUGCAGUAAGAAUUUCAUAGCUAGUGCUAAGUGUUUAAUGUUCGUAAGUCAUUAAUUGGUAGGGAAUAUUUUGACUAUCAUUUUAAUUGUAGUUAAUCUUUCUAUGUCUAUUUAAGUGUUAAAUCUAUUGCGACUUGUUUCAAUCAUAACUGACAUUAUCAUACAGUUGAAGUAUUAAACUUUUUCUAUUGUAUGGGUGAAAUGCCUUACUAAUUCUUAUAUAGCGCUAUACAUUACUGUAUACAAUUAUAACAUUCUUAAUAAAUUCAGCAUUCUAUUAAUUUUAAUAAAAUAGUUUCGGUUUUACUAGGCAAUGUUGACAUUUACAAGCAGUGUAAAUAAGUUUAAAAUAAAAUGCAGUUAUUGCAAAAAUAACUGACGUUAUUUUGUACAUAAGCUUAAUGUUACUAUAAGUAAGUAAAAAUGUAGGUAUUUGUUUAUUUUAUAUAAGUGAAUGAUAUUUUAGUAGAAGUAAGACCGCCUUUAAAAUACGACAAUGUGUUUUAAAAUAAAUUGAUUUGUCUA